GGGAGGAAGGGACGGAGGAACGAUGGCUCUGAAAGGAGUCUUCAAGGAACGACAUCUUCAGAUCGUUUCGGUGGCUACACAGGUGGCCAUAUCUCGGCGAGUGCAGAGGUACAAGCUCGCAUUGCGCGGGCGUCAAGACGCCGAAAACAGGCGAACAAGAUCGACCUCGGACCAGUCAACGCCAAUGAUAUGUAAAUGGAGUGUAGACGCAUCGUAGAACGCGUUUUCGUUUGAAGUUGGCGUCUUGUUUGAGAGUAGAUGUGACAGAUUUGCGUAGAAUAGGGUAAGAUGUUAUCAUGAACGGAGAUGAAAGGGCUUUUCCAACACGGAGAUGUAGCAUGGAUCAAAGCAUUUGUUGGAUUUCAGCUUUUACAAGAGGACAUCAACGCAGUAGUAUAUUUUAACAAGCUUACGAACGCAUAUAGGAUACCAUCAGGAUUGUCAUUGGUAGUAUAUCAUCGCCUACUCUAUCUCUCUUUUUCUCGAUCUUUGCUUUGCCCCCCAAUCGUUGCCGUGCGUGUUUCUACGCAACAACAUAUAUAUCAAAUAGAGUAGGCCCAUGUCUGUCUAUGUUGCUUCCGGCACUACAUCAUGAUCAUCAGAAGAUGAAGAUGGCGCUCGCACUUACGAACUUGGCAGAUAAGAAAUCCGGCCUCGAAAAAAAGUCAAAAUAAAAUAUAUUGUCGACAAAUUAAUAAUUACAACAACACACGUGCGUGCUCAGGCCCUACGUGGUGUUCAGAACAAGAACGAACCCGCAUUUCUUCGUGGUGUAAGAACAGAGCCCCGAAAACGAGACAGCUGCAAGAGAAAAUGAGCACUCACGAAGGGGUGAGGGGCUACUCGCGGGGUGAACGGUGCGCAGUUAGUUGCAGAUCAGCGGCGAGGAGGAGGUUCCUUUGAAAAUAGUGCUACUGGUGGUGCGGAGAUGGGGGGGGUGUAGACUAGUGUUUUUGUUUUUGCGUGUCCAACGGUUGUUGUUGUUGUUGUUGUUGUCUUCACAUUAAACCGUAUGUCAACUGCUAAAUGCCAAUACCUAGCAAAGACUCUCAGCCCGUGGUCACGAAAGUGCUAGAGUCAUCUGAGGAUCAAAGAACACGCACACAUGACGAGAAAAAGGUGCCCAAGAGCCCGAAGAGGUACACCUAAAAAUCCCUGCAGCACCGUAUGCGUGCCCAAAAACUGAACUGCACGUCCGUCCCACCGUUCGACUACAGUAGCAUCACCCCCUCCCUGUCCCACUCCAUACCAAAACGGAAGACAGCCGACUACAGCAUACUGCUGUCUGAAGUGCUGUCUG